ACCGCCAUCUUCCAGUAAUUUGCCAAAAUGACGAACACAAAGGGAAAGAGGAGAGGCACCCAAUAUAUGUUCUCUAGGCCUUUUAGAAAACAUGGAGUUGUUCCUUUGGCCACGUAUAUGCGAAUCUAUAAGAAAGGUGAUAUUCCUUUGGCCACGUGUAUGCGAAUCUAUAAGAAAGGUGAUAAUGUAGACAUCAAGGGAAUGGGUACUGUUCAAAAAGGAAUGCCCCACAAGUGUUACCAUGGCAAAACUGGAAGAGUCUACAAUGUUACCCAGCAUGCCAUUGGCAUUGUUGUAAACAAACAAGUUAAGGGCAAGAUUCUUGCCAAGAGAAUUAAUGUGUGUAUUGAGCACAUUAAGCACUCUAAGAGCCGAGAUAGCUUCCUGAAACGCGUGAAGGAAAAUGAUCAGAAAAAGAAAGAAGCCAAAGAGAAAGGUACCUGGGUUCAACUAAAGCGCCAGCCUGCUCCAGACAGAGAAGCACACUUUGUGAGAACCAAUGGUAAGGAGCCUGAGCUGCUGGAACCUAUUUCCUAUUAA